UUCCCCAGGCAGACGAGGCACGUAUAAAUCUUCUACUGCAACGCCUCUGGGAACAACAAAAUCAAACGAUGCAUGGUGAAAACUAGGAAAAGAAAAUUUCUGGAUUUAUCUCAAAAAUCAAAAUGGGUCUACUUCGAUUUCUGAACUUGUUGUCAAAAACCCCGAGAAAACGCAAUCUUCCAGUUCUUUGCAUAAGAUCACUUGCCACUCACUCUCAGAAAUCCAUCAAACAUCAAAAUUUCAAGCUCAACUCGCUUCCAGGGCACAAAACCUGGUUUGGGUAUCCACCAACUCUUUAUCGCAUCAUCUACAGAUCGAUCCACGAGGAUUUAUCGCCGAAAAAAUUGUCUGUUGAGCCGUAUGAAAAGAACCCAGCAGAAGCCAAACUCGAACAAGACGCUGCCAAAAUUUGCAUACUCCUCUCGAACCACUCUGAUUCUCGUGUCGAUGAAUUGCUCGAAUACGCUUCAAUUGAAGUGUCCCCUUCACUUGUUGUAGAGGUUUUGAAGAGGCUAAGCAAUGCGGGUGUCAUUGCAAUGUCAUUUUUUACAUGGGCAGAGAAGCAAAAAGGGUUUAAAUAUAAUACCGAAAGCUACAAUGCGCUGAUUGAAGCUUUGGGUAAGAUUAAGCAGUUCAAAUUGAUAUGGAAUUUGGUGAAUGACAUGAAGAGUAGAAAAUUGUUAAACAAAGAUACUUUUGCAUUGAUUUCGCGGCGGUACGCAAGAGCCCGGAAGGUUGAAGAGGCUAUAGAGGCUUUUGAGAGGAUGGAGGAAUAUGGUUUCAAGCUUGAAACAUCGGAUUUUAAUAGAUUGAUUGAUACUUUGUCUAAGUCUAGAAACGUUGAGAAAGCAAACAAAGUGUUCGAUAAAAUGAAAAGGAGAAGGUUUGUCCCUGACAUUAAGUCCUACACCAUUUUGUUGGAAGGAUGGGGAAAAGAACACAACUUGUUGAGGUUAAAUGAGGUUUAUCGAGAGAUGAAAGAUGAGGGUUUCGAGCCAGAUGUUGUAACUUAUGGUAUUUUGAUCAGUGCGUAUUGUAGGGCAAAGAAGUAUGAUGCAGCGAUUGAGUUGUUUCAUGAGAUGGAGACAAAGAAUUGUAAGCCCAGUCCUCAUAUUUUUUGCACUUUGAUUAAUGGGUUGGGCUCUGACAAGAGGUUAAGUGAAGCUCGUCAGUUUUUUGAACGUUCCAAGAGUUAUGGUUUUGCUCCUGAAGCACCUACUUAUAAUUCUCUUGUAGGGGCUUAUUGUUGGUCAAUGCAAGUGAAUGAUGCAUUCCGGGUGGUUGAUGAGAUGAGAAAAAAUUCUGUCGGUCCAAAUUCAAGAACUUAUGAUAUAAUUCUUCAUCACUUGAUAAAGGCUCGAAGGACAAAUGAUGCUUACUUAGUUUUCCAGAAAAUGUCCAGUGAGCCGGGCUGUGAGCCUACUGUGAGUACUUAUGAAAUUAUAGCAAGGAUGUUUUGCAAUGAGGAGCGAGUGGAUAUGGCAACGCAGGUUUGGGGUCAGAUGAAGGCCAAGGGAGUGCUUCCGGGAAUGCAUAUGUUCUCUGAUUUGAUUAACAGCUUGUGUCACGAGAACAGGUUAGAUGAUGCUUGCAAGUAUUUUCAGGAAAUGUUGGAUGCAGGUAUUCGACCUCCAGCCAAUAUGUUUAGUAAUCUGAAACAGGCUCUACUUGAUGAGGGGAAGAAAGAUACGGCUUUAGAUUUGGCUCGGAAGAUUGACAAACUGAGGAAAAUUCCUUUAGUUGUUGGUGGAGGCUAAUAGUGAGAGAGAAUGUAGGCUGUCUGAUGGUGCUCUUCAGGCUCAUAUGAGAUCCCGCCACUGUCACCACCUUUACCGAAUGACAGUAUCUAGACCCUCUAUUUGAUAUCUGAUAGACAUAACAUGAAUCAGGAUGUGUGACUUUAUGGCAAUUUCUUUUAUCCUUACCUUGGCUAUUUACAUUAUGAAAAUUUUUGCAGUUUCAAAACUGUAGAUUUGGAAUCAAUUAGAGGGGCAGCAAUAACUGGGAAGACAGAGUAUUGUCUUAUGUGCCACUUCCCUGUUGCCUCUUCAAUAUUGAAUUCUUCCAAUGGGGUGAGAUUUGGCUCUUUGUAGGCUACUAUAUCCACCAUCCUUGGUUUUCGUCCUUUUUUUUGCUUUACAUUAUAACCCUUCACUAUUUCCUUUAGAUAUUUCAUUCUAUUAGUCUGUAUGUCUAUUUAUGAGCUUUUAAGAAUGAAAAAGAUUGAUAUUGUUUAACUUUACUCAUAAUUGAACUAAUAUGACUAAACUAUAUCUUGUGUGCAACGU